AUGGAAUUGCCUGCAUUGGUUCAUUGUGCUGAACAUGAUCCAAAUGAAGGUAUAUUUGUAGAUUAUUGCUAUAACACUGUGGGAUCUUUUUCUUCAACGGCUUCUACUCUAAGGCUAAGAACUGGUAAGAAUUGUAUGAAAAUUGAAUACCAUGAUGAGAAUGGGGAUGGGUUCUCGUCCCCUACUGAGAACACUAUAUAUGAAAAGAAGGAAGCAUCUUUGACUUAUAACAAAAAUGCAAAUUCACAAAAUAGUAGGACAGACUCUAACAUCAGCAAUGUGGUGUCUUUGUUGAACUAUCAAGCAAGUGAAUUACUGGACCAAAGACAAACACUUACGACAAAAUGGCGCCUUGAGUUUAGUCUGGCGGUUCAGAAGUUUCAGUUUGCUGUCACCGAACUAUUCGACACGUCUUCAACAGGGUUCGAAUUCAUUACCGUUUCGGUAAAAUUACCAAGGAACGAUCCCAAAAAAUGGUAUCAUUAUAUCACACAUAGUACCUAUCAACAAAUUUUGACGUUUUUCCAUUUUCAUGAUUUAUCCAAUGUGCACAGAUUGAACAAGAACGCUGUAUCAUGUGAUCAACAGCGUAUAUUAGAGGAGGUAUGGAUAUUAGAUGGUAAUGAAAGUGAAGGAAGGGGUAUGAUUCAUAAUCUAGAGUCACUAAUGUGGGUUUAG